AUGCCCAACAAUCGUAACUACGACUUCUUGAUCAAGCUGUUGCUAAUAGGCGACUCCGGCGUCGGAAAGUCCUGCUGUUUGCUGCGCUUCAGCGAGGACUCCUUCACCCCGUCAUUCAUCACCACCAUUGGCAUUGAUUUCAAGAUCCGAACAAUCGAGCUCGAUGGCAAGCGCGUAAAGCUACAGAUCUGGGAUACCGCUGGCCAAGAGCGAUUCCGCACCAUCACCACUGCCUACUACCGCGGUGCCAUGGGAAUUCUGCUGGUCUACGACGUCACCGACGAGCGAUCCUUCAACAAUAUUCGAACCUGGUUCCAGAACGUCGAGCAACACGCUACCGAAGGCGUAAACAAGAUUUUGAUCGGUAACAAGUGCGAUUGGGAAGAUAAGCGAGUUGUAUCAACAGAGCAGGGUCAGGCACUGGCCGACGAACUCGGCAUUCCGUUCCUUGAAGUCUCGGCGAAGAGCAACAUCAACAUCGACAAGGCCUUCUACAGCCUGGCCGCCGAUAUCAAGAAGCGACUCAUCGACAGCUCCAAGAACGAUCAAACGACCGGUACAGGUGUCAACGUGGGCGAGAAGACCGAGGCAAGCGGCAGCAAGUGUUGCUAG